AUGGGGGACCAACAGUGCGAAACUGUUUUAGGAGCAAUGGGGGACCAACAGUGCGAAACUGUUCUAGGAGCAACGGGGUGCCAACAGUGCGAAACUGUUUUAGGAGCAAUGGGGGAUCAAAAGUGUGAAACUGUUUUAGGAGCAAUGGGGGACCAACAGUGCGAAACUGUUUUAGGAGCAACGGGGUACCAACAGUGCGAAACUGUUUUAGGAGCAACGGGGGACCAACAGUUCGAAACUGUUUUAGGAGCAAUGGGGGACCAACAGUAUGAAACUGUUUUAGGAGCAAUGGGGGACCAACAGUGCGAAACUGUUUUAGGAGCAACGGGGUACCAACAAUGCAAAACUGUUUUAGGAGCAAUGGGGGACCAACAGUGCGAAACUGUUUUAGGAGCAAUGGGGGACCAACAGUGCGAAACUGUUUUAGGAGCAACGGGGUACCAACAGAGCGAAACUGUUUUAGGAGCAAUGGGGGACCAACAGUGCGAAACUGUUUUAGGUGCAAUGGGGGACCAACAGUGCGAAACUGUUUUAGGAGCAAUGGGGGACCAACAGUAUGAAACUGUUUUAGGAGCAAUGGGGGGCCAACAGUGCGAAACUGUUUAA